AUGGAUGCACUGGCGGGCGUGCUCCACGGUGAUGACAUACCGUUUGUGCUCGGGGGGCACCUGAACGCUGCCUUGGGGUACACCGCCGAGGAGCCCGAGCUGUCCCGCAGGAUGAUGCGGUACUGGGCAAACUUCGCUAGAACAGGGAACCCCAACAACAACAACGAGGCGGUGUGGAGCCCCUACACGGAGUCCGGCCGGGGCUACCUGAUGUUGGACACGGGCGCGCCCCGCAUGGUGACCGGGCAGAAGGCCAGGGAGUGCGCCCUGUGGGACCACUAUGUGCCGGCGCUCAUCAACACGACAGGUUAA